UGAAAGUCAAUCCAAAAGGCCAAAAAAUGUACUGCCACUUAAAAUCUAACAACCCAACAAAUAUUGCUUCCAAUAAAUCCUUUUCAAAUACUUAAUACUGAAAUACGGAUGGGGUGAAUUUACAAGGUGUCUGUCCAUUCUUAAAAAUGUUAAAUUUAAAAUAAGACCUGAAAAUGUAUUGUAAAAAUAUACGUUGGUCUUAAAUAUUAAUCACAGGUCUUGCAUUUUUGUCGUGGUAGGGCUAUUUAAUCUCUGAUAUUGUCGGAUAUGUAGUGUUUUUGUUUUUUUGUCUCGUGGGACUUUUCUGUCAGGCUUGAGUCGCGCGCAGGUAUGUCCAUUGUAUGGACUUAACUUUAUUUCACAAUAAUUCGAUAAAAAAUAAAAAUGCGAAAAUUUUUUAUUCAAUCACAAAACAAAAUCAUAUCAAACAAAAAGUUUUAUUCAAUCAGAAACCUGUGUAAUGUAACUAGAGACGGUUGAGGCUCCCGAAAAUUAUCAGCUAAUGAACGCUAGCAAGCUAGGUUUUUUAUGGGCAAGUACAAAUGUAUCGCCCAUUGGCUGGACGGCAUUCAUUAUCUCCAUUUCUUCACUUCUCUUGCCAAUCCGUACGAGGCUAGUUGCAUGCUGUGCAGAAAACUUUGUAUAAAAAUUACGUUAGGCACUAUGGAGGAACGUUGUAGAGAGCCAUAUCCAGUGUGAGAAAAACAAAGCCGCUGCCAAGAGAACAAACAGCCCAGAAAUUUCAGGGUUUUUUUGUUUGUUUGUUUUUUUUGCUUUGGUUGCUUGUACAGCAGUAUAUGUACCCCACCCUUCCCUUAUCGACUUAUUUUCCUACAUCUGUUGCUUUUAGCAAGACAAAUUGAGCAUUAUCCAGGGACAACAGAUGGAAACAAGUUUUUGGCUAAUUCUGUAAGAAAUGUUAAUGUGCAUUGUCCCUACCAAAUAAAUUAAAUUCUAAAUUUAGAGGGUUUUUGUCUUAAAUUUAAUUCAAGGUGGCCUUUAAAAUGUCUAAAAUUGGGCUAUGACACCAAAAGACACCUGCACAUCAAAGUAAAGAGGGGUGAAGAUGCGUCUUGAGCAUUUUAUUUCCAACAUUGUCUAACACUUUUACAUCAAGUCUUGAUAAAAAAAACAAAAACAAAACACACACACAUUCACGUUUGUGGUGUAAAAAAGGAGUAAGAACAUUUUUUCAAGACAUCUCAAGUUAAUAGCAUGAAUGAAAUAUAAAACAUAAGUUUGAGUAACAUAGCUUAACUCCUUCUGUACAGUAAACUAUUUCUUAAAAGUUUUUUGAAGAUGUGAUACUUUUAAAUGUUUUCUGUCAUGCCUUUCCAUUUUCUCUCUACCUUCUUUGGUUGGAAACAACUCCUGCGUUUUGUGAGGUCGCUCCUCCUUCCUGCCCAGAUCAGAUAUAAAACCAUCUGUUCUCCCCUCUCCGCUCCCCAGUUUACUUGAACCAGCUUCCUAGUUAUUGGAAAAAUGGUCUGCAAUCUCCUACGGCCAUCUUUUGACUUUUUAAUAAGCUUUCUUUCCGCCUGCUUUGUGUUUGUAAUAUUCAACCGUCUCUCCACCUGCGUCGGCUGCGUAAUGGUGCGGGGCCCCUCUGGCCAGCGCUCGUCGGAGUGACCGGCAUGGCUUGGUCCAGCGCGAACACCAGCAACGCCAGUUCGGAGGCCGUCCCGGCCGGGGACGAGCCCCGCGACGAGCGGCUGGCUCGCCUGGAAAUAGCUCUGCUGUCCAUCAUCUUCGUCGCCGCGGGGCUCCUGAACUUCGGGCUCCUGCUGGUGCUGUGGAAGGGGCGGAAGCAGCUCUCCAGGAUGCGCGUAUUCGUCUUACACCUGUGCGUCGCCGACCUGGUGGUCACGUUCUUCCAAGUGUGCCCGCAGCUCAUGUGGGACAUCACGGACAGAUUCGUCGGCCCGGACAUCCUGUGUCGCCUGGUGAAGUACCUGCAGGUGGUCGGGAUGUUCGCCUCCACCUAUAUGAUCGUGGUGAUGACCAUCGACCGCUACCAAGCCAUCUGCAACCCCAUGGUGACUUUCCAGCGGAGGAGGGCGCGCUGGAACGGCCCCGUGUGCGCCGCGUGGUGCGUCUCCUUUGUCGGCAGCCUCCCGCAGGUCUUCAUCUUCUCACGGGUCGAGGUCGCUCCGGGGGUCUACGACUGCUGGGGUCAGUUCGUUGUGCCAUGGGGGCUGAGGGCUUACGUGACCUGGACCACUCUGGUGAUAUUCGUCCUGCCGAUUCUCAUCGUGAUCGUGUGCCAGGUGCGCAUCUGCCGCGCCGUGCACGCCAGCAUCCACCUGAAGACGCACCACCAUGCCGGGGCUGCUGGGGGGCAGGCGGCGAGCAGGCCGCUGUCCUCCCGGGCCAGCUGCGUGGUGGGGCUGUCGAAGGCGCGGGUGAAGACGGUGAAGAUGACCGUGGUGAUCGUGCUGGCCUACGUCGUCUGCUGGACGCCGUUCUUCACCGUGCAGCUCUGGUCCGUCUGGGACGCCGAGGCGCCCACCCAGUCGGCCACCUUCACCAUCCUGAUGCUGCUGGCCAGCCUGAACAGCUGCAUGAAUCCCUGCAUCUACCUGGUGUUCAGCGGGAAGCUGCCCGAGUGGCUGGUCGCCCUCAUGUGUGUGGACGAACCCGACCUGAAGGAGUCGAUGCAGGAGGAGGCAACCAUGGUCAGCUCCCUGUACAUCAGCCUCAAAGGCCUGUCAGACUGCAGGUAGAAGGCAGAGUGAGAAGCCCCUGGCUUUUUUCUUUGUUUUUUCAUUUUCACUUCAUGGUUGGUGGGAACCAGGGGAAAUCUCCUGGUGAUCAUGAGGAUAUUUCAGCAGAAGUCUCUCUUCCUCUACAAAUGAUUGAUGUUCAGCCUGAGUCGGGGAAGAGAACAGCUAAUGUUUGGAGCAGCACAAAACUUAGACUGAAAUACUCAAACUGAGUGAGUCGGUGUAAGACAGAAAAACGGAAAAAGUUUCAAACUCAACUUCGUAGACUUGACAACUGAAGUGCGUUGCACAAAUAAAAAUGAAAUUGAUGCAUUUAUGCAUCGGCUGCCACAAGAAAAAGGAAAAAAAAAAAUCUGUGUAAUUGAUGGUUAAAUUCCUUUACCACUCAAGUCUAUGUUUGCACGGCCACAUGAAUGUUCUUGACAGUUAUUUUAAAAGAUAAAAGUGUAAUGAAGUUUGACAGGUGUAAUGCAUUUCUUGGUAAAAAAAAUGUUGCGUUGAGUUUUCACUUUUUGUGUGUUUCAGUUGUGCUUUGUGUUUCAUUGGAAAUGUAAACACGUUGAAGACGUUUGACUCUUCUCAUCAUGGAGUUGAUUCAUGCGAAUCUGUGGGAAAGAUUUUUUUAAAGCAAAAAUUGUUGAGAAAUCUCAACAUUUGUGAUCAGUUUUUGUUGGAUUGGGACUAUUUUGAUACAGGAAGAAGAAAAAACAUAUACAUUUUGAAAGUGGAUACAAUAAUCUGUGAGUGGGGCUGUGCACUGAAGGAUUAAGAGUUUGUUUGUUCUUCUUUGCUACCAGAAGGUAACCCUGUUUUCUGUGACAGCGUAUGUGGGCCAUCGUAGAUGGAAAAAAACUGGAGUACAUUUCUGCCAAAAAACUGAGACUUUGAAAUUAAUCUCAGAAAAUUUCUAGAAGUUUCUGUGCUCCAAAAAUCUAAAAAAUUGUGAGAAAAUUCUCAGAAGUUUUGAGACCAAUCUUAGAAAUUGUCUAGAAAAAAAUGGGAAAUUUCUGAGUUUGGAAAGUUGAAACAUUUUUUACUUUUAA